CCGUUUUGUAAGGUGAGUGGGGGCAUAGCUGCUGUUCAUUUUUCUGAUAGUCAGACCUGCCUUUAUUCUGCAGCACUGCCAUUGCCUUCAGAAAGCUUUGAUGCUGUGAUUUCGGAUAUUGUAUUUGGGAAGGCGUUCAAGAUCACAAAAGACAUACAGCUCCUUCCAGAUAUUCUCCAGGAAAUGGAGAGGUACAUGUGGCCUUUGACAUGCUUGGGGUUUGCUGUAAAUGUCGUGAUGGUUUGUGAUAUUCAGCAUUCAGUCAGCUUUAGGUUUGGUUUAUUUCUUGGAAAGACAGAUGCUUUCAUAUACAGAUACAGGAAGAUCUCUACUGCUGGGAAUCAGCAGCUUUCUUGCACUGUGCCUAUGUAAACUUGACUCCUGAUACAUUUGUAAAUCAGCAUGGCAGUGAUCUGGUGGAACCCUGCUGAUCCAAACAAACCCUGUGCUGUUCAUUAGCUCACCUCAUUUUCUUUGGAUGUCCUAAGGCUUUGCUCUUAGUUUUGUUUUUAGGAAA